AAGCGGACGUAUUGAGCGGUUGACGAAGUGACGUGAAACGUAAAAUCAAACGCGAGUUUACAUUUACGAAUUGUGAUCAAGAAACAACGAAGACAAACAAAUGACAAGUGUUAAAUAACGUUAAUUGUUUGCCAAAUGAAAGUGCAUAGAAAUAACAAAAAAAAAAACAGUGUUGCAAAAUGAGUGCCCAAAUUAAAAUUUGAAAUCUUAGAGGCAGUUUCCAGUUGGAACAAAGGGGAAAAACCAAGUGAAAGGAACAAAUACUAAAAUAAGUAAUAAUUAUUAUUAUUAAUUACUGAUUAAUAAUAAUGGAGGACGAAUUACGUUGUCCCACCUGCAAGCAGUUGUACGCGAAUCCUGUGCUGCUGCCUUGCUUCCAUGCGCUGUGCCUGGGCUGUGCCCUCGACAUACAGACGCCAUACACACCAGGGGCUGCUGCCUUGAAUGGAGCCACAAAUGCCACCAAUGGUACGGCUAACGGUGGUGCCAAUGGCGGAGUCGCCUCCGCCCCUGUGAAUGGUGGCCAGGCGGUGGAGGCAGCUGCUAGAGGAUCCGGAUCUGGACCUGGUCCUGGUCAUCCGAGCACACGUCACAGCUCGCACAGCUCGGCGGCAAGCACGGCCAGCUCGGCAACGGGCAGCGAGAGCGUCACCUCCGAUCAGGAUCAGUCCGACAAGGUCAGCAUCUUCAGUGAGGCGGAUUCGGGCGUUGUUUGCUGCUCGAAUACAUCGCGACCCGUUUCCUAUGCCGGCACCGGACAGUUGCCUGGCAUGCAUGCUGUGGGCGCCGUGGUGGCGCCACCUGGCGCCGCUUAUUGUCUCACGUGUCCGCUGUGCCGCAAGCUGGUCUUCUUUGACGAUGGCGGCGUACGCAAUUUGCCCACCUAUCGCGCCAUGGAGGCCAUCGUGGAUCGGUUCUGUGCCCGCGAAGCACUCCGCUGCCAGAUGUGCGAAACGGAUCCCAAAGUCGCGUCGCUGAUCUGUGAACAGUGUGAGAUUCGCUAUUGCGAUCAGUGCCGUGAGCUUUGUCAUCCGGCACGCGGACCCCUGGCCAAGCACACCCUGGUGAAGCCACGUGGCGCCGCCCAUCUGCGCGAAUCGGUGUGCGGGGAGCACGAGGAGACCCUCUCCCAGUACUGCCUCAACUGCAAGAUGCCCGCCUGCGGCCAGUGCAUCGUGGAACAACGACACCAGCAGCACGACGUCCAGUCCAUCAAUGUCACUUGCAAGGCACAAAAGACGGAACUCUCACACAAUCUGCAACAAUUGUCGGAGAAGGCACGUUCCACAACCGAGUUCAUACAGCGGCUCAAAGGCAUGAGCGACAAAGUAACGGAAUCCUGCAUUGAAUUCGAGCGCGUGGUGCACGCUCAAUGCGACGCAUUGAUCCAGGCCAUCCACGAGAGACGCGAGUAUCUGUUGGAGGCCAUACGCAAUGACAAGGAUACCAAAAUCAGAAUACUUAAGGAUCAGCAAUCGAAUUGCACUGGAAAGUUGCAACAGACAACGGGACUCAUUCAGUUCUGCAUUGAGGCAUUGAAAGAGACUGACAGCGCCGCUUUUCUACAGGUCGGCUCUAUGCUUAUAAAUCGCGUGGCCAAUACGGAUAUGACCUGGCACCAGGAGGUCACCAAUGCUGCCCCACGUGUCUCGCCCAUUGUCGACUUGACCCUAGACGAUGCUGCCAUCACACGCGCCAUUGACAAUCUGAACUUUAUUCAAAUGAAAGCAGUCAAAGAUGAGGAUGAAAGAUGUCCGGCAGCCCCCUCGACGCCCAGCAUUUUACCAAGCGAUUGUUCAGCGGAGAAUAAUUCAGUGACCGUUGCGUGGAAGCCACCGAAUAAUCAUUGCUUUGUCGAAGGAUAUGUCCUCGAGCUGGACGAUGGCAGCGGCGGUGAAUUUCGAGAAGUUUACUGCGGCAAGGAAACAAUUUGCACCGUUGACGGUCUGCACUUCAAUUCCAUGUACAAUGCCCGCGUGAAAGCCUUCAACAGCGCCGGCGAGGGUGAAUACUCUGAGCUGAUUGGACUGCAAACAGCGGAAGUGGCCUGGUUCACGUUUGAUCCCGUAUUGAGCGGCGGAGCCGGCUCUGGACUAAUCUUUAGCAAAAAUAAUGCCACAGUCUCUGUUGAGGGCUGGGAGCAUCGAGUGGCCCUCGGCUCUGUGGGAUUCUCGCGCGGCGUCCACUACUGGGAAUUCACCAUUGACAACUAUACGGCGGACACGGAUCCGGCAUUUGGUGUGGCCCGCAUCGAUGUGGCCAGGAACAAAAUGUUGGGCAAAGAUGAGAAAUCAUUUGCAAUGUAUAUUGAUCGACAGCGGUCGUGGUUCCAGCACAACUCUGUGCACGAGCGUCGUGUGGAGGGCGGCAUCACCACGGGCAGCACAGUUGGUGUGCUGUUGGAUUUGGAACGGCAUACGCUCAGUUUUCUGGUGAACGAGAUGCCACAGGGUUCGGUGGCCUUUCGAGAUCUCUACGGCGUUUUCUAUCCGGCGGUGAGCAUCAAUCGGGGCGUUACAUUAACCAUGCACACGGCAAUGGAUGCACCCAAAAUGGAUUACUUUUAGAGUGUUGAGGGGUGGGGGAGUAGCUAAUUGUGUACAUAUAGCUUGACAUUUAUCAGUUAUCGGUGUCUAUAUACAUAUAUACCUAUUUGCACUAUAUGGCUUAUAGCAUAAUCUAUGACAACAUAAACACUUACCUACUUAAAUAAUUAUGCUUCUAAAUGUAGUUUCGGGCAAAGUUUAGCGACAUAUCUACAGUCUACUCGUAUCUAUCUAUCAAAAAUCUACACAUCGUUUUCAAAACGCUGCACAAAAAAAUGAAAAAAAUUAUACAUAAAAAAGAAAUUAAAUUAUUUA